AUGAGUGAAGAUUGCUUGUACAUGAAUGUAUAUGUUCCCAUUGAUUCGACACAACCGUACGACCAAGUCAUUCCGAAAAAAUACGCUGUUAUGAUAUGGUUACAUGGUGGUGGUUAUAUGACAGGAGAUGGGAUGGAAAGUUAUAUGGGAGAUGUUUUAGCCACAUCUGAACAAGUAAUUGUGGUUACAAUGAAUUACAGGUUAGGUGCUAUUGGAUUCAUGAGUACGGGCAAUCGAUUUUCACCAGGUAAUUACGGAUUAUGGGAUCAAAAUCUUGCAAUGCAGUGGGUUGCUGAUAACAUAGAAGCGUUUGGUGGAGAUUCAGAAAGAAUGACUAUAUUUGGACAAGGCGCGGGGGCAGAAAGUGCUCAGUUACAUAUGGUCAGCCCUUCAAGUAGGAAAGUUGGAGUCAAUCAAACUAUUUUGCAAAGUGGGACGUUAUAUGGAUUUUACGAUUAUCCAGACCAGGAAACAGUUUCAUCAGAAUUGAUUUCUCGUACUGGAUGCUCGCGAGCGACAUCAAGUGACUCAGUAUGUAUUAACUAA